UCUCAGUAAUAUCGUUUUUAGAGAUCGAACCUAAAUCCUGUUUCCACUGCCUCCAAUGGUCCCAUGAAUUUAUGAAAGAGACCCUCUACUCCAACAUAUAAUUAUAGCAAAGUUAUCUUUUUUAUUUAAAGACAGAGAUGAUGGAAGAUUUUAGAAGCAGCAAGAGCAAUGCAUGUGAAGUAGGAAGCAGUUGGACAAGACUCAACAACACCAUAAAUAGUACUUUGGGAAACCCAAGUUUCAAGUGGUGCAAUUCAGCUGUUUUCCACUGAGAGAUCAAGAGGCAAUGGAGAGUGAGUUAGAGAGCAUGAGACAGUAUUUUAAUGGUGGAAACACUAGAGAUGCUUCUUGGAGGGAGUCUCAGCUUAAAGGGUUGCUCUUGUUUAUGAGGGAAAAAGAAGCUGAAAUCUUUAAGGCUUUAAAGGAAGAUUUAGGGAAGCAUCCUGUUGAGGCUUUUAGAGAUGAGGUUGGUACUCUAAUAAAAUCCAUAAAUUUUGCUUUGAAAGGUUUGAAAAAUUGGAUGUCAAGUGAAAAGGUGAAGCUCCCAAAAAUUGCAAUCCUCUCAUCUGCAGAGUUGGUUCCUCAGCCUCUUGGCCUUGUCCUCAUCAUAUCCUCCUGGAAUUUUCCUUUCGGACUGUCCUUGGAACCACUGAUAGGAGCAAUAGCUGCAGGAAACACAGUAGUUUUAAAACCUUCAGAACUGGCUCCUGCUUGUUCCUCUCUUCUAGCAGAUGUUAUGUCCACUUACCUAGACACUAAAGCUAUUAAGGUCAUCCAAGGAGGACCAUCUGUUGGUGAACAACUCCUGCAGCAAAAAUGGGAUAAGAUUUUCUUCACAGGUAGCAGCCGUGUGGGACGUACAGUCAUGUCAGCUGCGGCGAAGCAUCUAACACCAGUUGUUCUUGAGUUGGGUGGGAAAUGCCCUGCUGUUGUUGAUUCCCUUUCUUCUUCUUGGGACAAACAGGUGGCUGUAAAUCGAAUUAUUGUCUCGAAAUUUGGAAACUGUACUGGUCAAGCAUGCAUAGCAGUUGAUUAUAUUCUGGUGGAAAAGAGAUUUGCUUCCGCUUUGGUGGAACUAAUGAAGGAUUCCAUCAAAAAGAUGUUUGGAGAUAACCCUAGAGAAUCAAAUACAAUAGGAAGGAUUGUUAACAAACAUCAUUUCUUGAGAUUGCAGAACCUUCUCAGCGAUUUGGCAGUCCAAAAAUCUAUUGUCUAUGGUGGUUCAAUGGAUGAAGAGAAUCUGUUUAUAGAGCCAACAGUGUUGCUAGAUCCUCCCCUUGAAGCAGACAUAAUGACAGAAGAGAUAUUUGGUCCAUUGCUUCCUAUAAUUACAUUAGAGAAGGUUGAAGAUAGCAUUCAAUUUAUCAAUUCAAAGCCAAAAGCUCUUGCAAUUUAUGCCUUCACCAAAAAUGAACCAUUCAAGAGAAGAAUGGUGGCAGAAACAUCAUCUGGAAGCUUGGUAUUCAAUGAUGCAGUCAUUCAAUAUGUAGCUGAUACCUUGCCAUUUGGAGGGAUUGGUAAAAGUGGGAUAGGCAGAUACCAUGGGAAAUUCUCAUUCGAUGCGUUCACACACUACAAGCCAGUUGCAAGAAGAAGCUUCCUCUCUGAUUUCUGGUUCAGAUUUCCUCCAUGGAACAUUCACAAGUUAAUGCUUUUAGAAACAGCUUACAAUCUUGAUUAUCUAGGACUUGUACUUGUGAUUCUUGGCUUGAAGAGGUCUACAAGGAACAUCCAUGUGAUCUAGCAAUUUCUGGUAUCAUUAUUUAUUAGUGCUUGCUGCGUGGGUAAUAAUAAUUCAAAUGUUUUAGCAUCACGAUCAUAUUUUAUUAUUACAAAUUUUAAUAAGAAGUUUCGCUUUCAAUAGCUGUAUCAAUAGAACAGGAAAACUCUGGUUUUUAAUUAUAUGUAAGACUAGUGUAAUCAGAUAAACAAGUGGGCAAUUGCUUGCUCCUUUGAUUCA